AUGGAAGAAAAUUAUUAAAUAUAACUUCAAGAUUUAAAAAUCGACUCAUUAGAAACAAUCCAAUCAAAAAUCGAUAAUCAUGCCUUAAAAGCCUUCAACUAAAAAGAACACAUAAUAAUCGGUAUAAGUCCCGCUAAUGGUUACUUCACCUACGAAAUAAUCGAAAAGCUAACCACAUGGGCUCUAUCUGAAUUCAACAAAGUAACUUUUAUAGACCCUUCUGAUAUAUACAGAUACACCCUAAACGCAAGAGAAUCACCCGGUGUAGACUCUUAAAUCGAAAAAGCCACUAAAUAAUUCCAAAAGAAGGUAAAAUAAGCUUUAAAAGUAUACCUUAAUAUCUCUUAAAUGGAAGAAAUGGACAAAAUAUAUGAUGAAAUAAAACUACUAGGUACAAAAAUGGAAUUUUGUUUCGGAAUCUAAUGCUUUAUUAGGAGUGAAGUAUUUAUUGUAUGA